UUUAGUACUACUGAGAAAUGGUAAAAAUUUUGUUAGUAAGUAUGGGCUUUAACUGUAAGAUUUGACCCCAAAGCCACUCUAGGCCAUUUCCACCACUGCUGCCCAUAAAUUGAGCAUAGAACACAUCGUACCCACAUGCAUGCUCCUGCACUGGUGGAAUCAUGAUGAAUGAUGAAUGUUUUGUCUUGUGCUCAGAAUAUUAAAUCCGUCAGUUGACAUGUAUCUUGAGGCACAAGACAUUUCCCCCUCAUAGUUAAAGCCUGUUUUUCACCCUCCUUCCAAGGUUCCCAGCCUUGGCACAGGGUUCUUCCACAUGCUUGAUGAUUCCCUCCCUGUCCUGCAGUAGCCCCCACGCCAUCGCUUCUUCUCUCCCCACAAUGCCUGCUUCAUUCAGCAGCAGCUGAGCACAGCUUCUCAAGCUCACAAGGAACACUCUACAAAACUGACCACUUUCUGGGUCACAAAACACACCUCAACAAACCUGAAAGAAUAGAAGCCAGGUAGAGUAUACUGUCAAGCAACAGUAAAAUAAAACUAGAAAUCAAUAGCAGAAAGACAGCUGGAAAACCACAAAAUACUUGAACGACUUACUUGUAUGUGACACUUGGGUCAAAGGAGAAGUCUCAAUAGAGAUUAAAAAGUACUUUGACCUAAAUAAGAGAAUUAGGUUUUUCAUUUAGCAUUUGAUAAAGAUUGAGAUGGGAAAGAAUCUUAAGUGUGUAUGUGUGACCUAGCUAAUAUAAAUAGGUAUUCAUAACCUCCCUUAAAGAAACAGCAGCCUGUUACAUAUUGCCGUGCACCUUGUUUUCUUCUCAUACUGUAUCCUGGUGAUCUUUUCAUAGUCAGCUGCUUAGCAUUCUGUUGUGUGGCUAUUCCGGAUCUCUUUACAAAGAUACAUUUUUUUUCCCCUCAAUGUUAUUUAUUGAAAAGCCUCCAUUGUGUAAAUAUACAACAAUUUUAUUAUUUCUUGUUAUUGAGUCUUUAGGUUCUUUGCAACUUGGGGCCAUCAUAAACCAUCCUUCAGAGAGCCACCAGUAUACACUUGUAUGUCCCUUUCAUCAUUAUCUAAAUAUACCUAGUCGGAGCCUUGUUCAGGCUUCCACUAGAUACAUGGAGCCUGUGUUUUCCUGAAAAGCUGUUCUGAUUUGCUUUUCAACUAACUGCAUGAAUAGGAAUCUUGACCAGCAUUCCUGUAGAGAACUGAAAAAGCAAUAAUGCCCAUCAUGUCCUGGGGAGACUGAUACCUGGAAAUUGCAGUAAGAAAGUUCAGGAAAAUAAAAGAAUCUGACCUCAGGUAACACUCACUGCACACAUCCUGUAUUUGAAGCAGCGUUCUGAUCAUAGUCCACUUAGUAGAUUCAGUGCCCUCAGUACUACAUGAAGUAGGCAGUAGUUGUACUCACUGUGCUGGUGAGGAAAGCAAGGCGCAGAGUUCUGUUACCCAUCUUUUACCCAGAUACUGAAAUCCUGUGAAAGGCCAUAAGGAGAGGUAUAAUCAGAGGGAAAAUAGCAGAAAUUGGGCUAUCAACCCCGGUGUCCACUGAGGAAAGUUGACCAAAUAUACCAUCUGGCGUCCCCAGCCUCCCCUCCAAAUUAUAUGUAUAACCCUAUCAAGACACUGAAGACCAAUACAAUUGGGACAUUGAACAUGUUGGGAUUGGCAAAACGCGUGGGCGCCCGUCUGCUCCUGGCCUCGACCUCGGAGGUGUAUGGAGAUCCUGAAGUCCACCCUCAAAGUGAGGAUUACUGGGGCCACGUGAAUCCGAUAGGACCCCGGGCCUGCUACGACGAAGGCAAACGUGUCGCAGAGACCAUGUGCUACGCCUACAUGAAGCAGGAAGGCGUGGAAGUGCGAGUAGCAAGAAUCUUCAACACCUUUGGGCCACGCAUGCACAUGAAUGAUGGACGGGUGGUCAGCAACUUCAUCCUGCAGGCACUCCAAGGGGAACCACUCACGGUGUAUGGAUCUGGAUCUCAAACAAGGGCAUUCCAGUAUGUCAGUGACCUGGUGAAUGGCCUGGUGGCUCUCAUGAACAGCAACGUCAGCAGCCCUGUCAACCUGGGGAACCCAGAAGAACACACAAUCCUAGAAUUUGCUCAGUUAAUUAAAAACCUUGUUGGUAGUGGAAGUGAAAUUCAGUUUCUCUCUGAAGCCCAAGAUGACCCACAGAAAAGAAAACCAGACAUCAAAAAAGCAAAGCUGAUGCUGGGGUGGGAGCCUGUGGUCCCAUUGGAAGAAGGUUUAAAUAAAGCAAUUCACUACUUCCGUAAAGAACUGGAGUACCAGGCAAAUAAUCAGUACAUCCCCAAACCAAAGCCUGCCAGAAUAAAAAAGGGCCGGACGCGCCACCACUGAGCCCUCGCUCUUAGGACACAAGACUCCCUGUUUUACACUUGAUGAGAUGUAUUUUUUGGUUUUUUUAAAAAAAAAGACUUAAACAGGUGUCAUGAAGAACAAACUGGAAUUUCAUUCUGAAGCUUGCUUUAAAGACAUGGAUGUGCCUAAAGCUCCCCUCAAAACCUGCAGACUUUGCUUGCACUUUUUGAAUCUGUCUUUUUGUAAAAUAGCCUAGAUGCAUCUCUGCAUAUUUUCAAGUUUUUUAUCUUGCUGUGAGAGCGUAUGUUGUGACUGUCGUUGACAGUUUUAUUUACUGGUUUCUUUGUGAAGCUGAAAAGGAACAUUAAAUAAGAUGAAAAAAUCCUAAUUUUAUUUAUAAAGUAAAUAAAAUGAGAUGUUAUACUAUGCAUAAAGAAAACAAAAACCUAGCAGUAUUGUCAGGUGGGUGGUGCACUGGCAUUUAUUUUUGGACAGAUAAAAGAAUUCUGUUUCAGAGCUUUAUGUUUUUUUUUUAAUACAGAAUUUUUCCACAGUCUAGUUUUUAGUUGCAAACUUGACUUUGAGAUAUUUUCUGUUGGUUAUCAUGAUCAAGGAUAUUUGAAAUCACUACUGUGUUGUGCUGCAUAUUUGGGGGUGGGGGGACAAAAUUAAGGUAUUCUUGGUAAUUGUGGUUAAAUUGCUAUUUUAAUAAAAUAUUGAAAUUCAUCAGUCAUAAA